CAGUGUGUUCCUGACUACAAAAGAAGUUAUUUGUCUCAGCAACUCAGGUAGACAGCCUUACCUAUCAAAGCAUCUCAGACAUGCAGGAGGAAGAAAUGUACACCUCUCUCCAAUGGGAUAACCCAACAUCAAACCCUUACCAGAAAAAUCUGCCUUCCAAAUGUUCAGGAACACGGUGUCUUGUGAUAGUGAUUUCAUGUAUUUUCUGCAUGGGCUUGUUAACAACGUCCAUUUUCUUGGGCAUCAAGUUGUUCCAGGUGUCUGCUAUUGCAGUGAAGCAGCAAGAAAAACUCAUCCAACAGGAGAGAACACUGUUGAACUUCACACAGUGUAAUAGAAACCAUGACUUCCAGAUGAAAUGCUGUCAAAUCCUCAUGAAAAACUCAUUAAAUUCAGCCCAUCACUGCAGCCCUUGUCCAGACAACUGGAUUCAGAAUGGAGAAAGUUGUUACUAUGUCUUUGAAAAUCACAAAACUUGGCAUACCAGUAAACAGGUUUGUUUGAAGGAGGGCUCUAAUCUUCUACAAAUAGACAACAAAGAAGAAAUGGACUUUAUCACAGGCAGCCUGAAGAGGAUCAAAAGCAGCUAUGAUUACUGGGUGGGACUGUCUCAGGACGGACUCAGCGGACCUUGGCUUUGGCAAGAUGGUUCUUCUCUUUCCCCAGACCUGUGGCCAGUACAGAGACCGCAAUCACCUAACCUGGUCUGUGGAUACCUCAAAAACAAGAUCCUUUUUUCAGCUAACUGCAGCAGUUGGAAACAUUUUAUCUGUGAGAAGUAUGCAUUAAGAUCUUGCAUCUGAAAGAAAUUGUGCUUUAAGUGAUCUCUCUAUUACAAUAGUAUUUGUAACAGGCCCUUGGAAAACCUGCUACAAAAAGCCAAAGAGUAAGUGCAGAAGUAAACCAAUGCAUGGGCUACGAAGCUAGCUACCUGGGACACACAGCUUAUUUUGUCACCUACAGUUCGUAAUAUUCUUUAAUACUUUCCAGAUACUUCUUUGACAUUGUUCAAAUUACCAAGAAUACAAUUGAUUUAGAGCUAUAUAGAACAAAACUCUGAAGAAUUGAAAAUAAACUGAAGAAAAAUAAUUUUCAUUUGUCACUUUUUUCUUUUUUUUCCUUUUUUUCAUCUAGAGUGGCUAUAACUCCACACAGAAAACUCUAAGUCACUGGUGAGAUGACAUAGUUCUAGUUGACUGAUACUUUUUUAAUAAAUAAAUAAAUGUGGCCUUUUAAACCUCACUGUCUGCCAGAUCUUUCUAUUCAUUUUUUAAGCUUCCAGGUAUUGUGCUAUUGGACUGGUAGGAA